AUGCUCAAUCGUUUGCCCAUCCCUCGCUUGCCGAAUCGACACGUAUCUCGUAAGCUACGCCGCGUCUCUCGUGCCUGCGAUGAGUGUCGGUCACAGAAGAGGAAAUGCGAUGGCUCUAUGCCGACAUGCGGCCAGUGUGCUCGUGCGAAGCUGGCAGUAUGUGUUUAUUCUAAGUCAAAGAGAGAUCAAGAGCGAAGUGAAUUGGAGUUGGCAAAGGAGAAAACCGAUCUUUAUGAGAGGCUACUUCGAGAAGCAUCUCACGAAGUUGAGCUCCCUCUGGCGAAAGAAAUCGAGAAAGCAUUGAGAUCAGUAUCUCGGGAAGAUGGAAGCAUGUCCUCAAAUGCCUCCUCGCCAUCUUCGGUUGGCUCUCUGGAUGCCCUCGAUGUUCUCGAUGAAGACGUCAACAGGAGCAAAGACAGUAGAGCAACAGGUUAUCUCGGCAAGAGCUCAGAGGUUUCCUGGAUGCGUACUUUAGAUGCUGAAGCCAAUGAUCCGUAUCGCAGCGAGAAGGAAAUUGAAAAUAGCAGCAAAUUUCCGCAUAAGAGGACUGCACCUACGGUAUCGAUGAACUACCAUAUCGAGCCCGCCGAGUAUCCGGGUUCAGAGAUCGACAACCCAUACGCAUUACCUGCAAAAUCGUCGGCAGAACGACUACUGAGAUUAUUCAUGGAUAGUGUCCAGCCGUCUCUUCCCGUCAUUCGCCAAGACCUUUUCACAGAACAAUUCCACUCGUUUUAUUCAGGAAUGUCAAAACAUCCGGGAAGAAAAUGGUUGGCCUUGUUAAACUUGGUCUUCGCCAUUAGCAACAAAUUAUGUCAGCUUUGCGGGCAAGAGUUCCAAGAUAAAGAACACAGGUUUUUCUCACGAGCGCAGACCUUGAAUAUAUCCGAAAGCUUAGUGGAAGACCAUGAAGAUUUGCAGCAAGUGCAGAUCGAAACACUCGCAGCAUUCUAUCUGUUGAUUUCAUCACAUAUAAAUAGGGCGUGGAAGAUGAUUGGCACAGCGACUCGCUCCAGCAUCUCCUUGGGUCUGCAUCUCCGAGCCACGCACAACAAAUUGAAUGCUUCAGCUCUCGGAGCUCGACAUAAGCUUUGGUGGUCAAUUUUCAUCUUAGAAAAUUUACUCUCUGUUAUGACUGGACGAGCCUCUGGCUUAGCGAAUAGCUUCCUUUCGGCACCUCCACCUCUCGCCUCGAAGGAUCUUGAUCCCUUCACUAAUGGCGCUCCAAACGACCCUUUAGAGCGGCUAUCUGAGAAUCCACCUAUGGAAUGGACAAUGAACCAACAAUAUCAGCACCUUCAAGCCCAGCGGGCUUUAACAAAAGGAAUGGGCGCGACCAAUGAACUAUACUUUUUUUGUCUCACUGACCUGAUCGUUAUCUCACACACUGCAUCCACCCGGGUGUAUAGCACCGAUUCCGUGAAGCAAGGAUGGGAUGAGAUUCGGAGCCGCAUUGAAUUUUACAAUGGAAAGAUGGUUGAAUGGCGCUCUAGUUUACCGGAUAGCAUAAGGUUUGAGGUAACAGAUAUCGGGCCAAAUUUCCCAGCCAAGGACGCCUAUAGAGUUUCUCUGGCGAUGCAUUAUCACAGCUCUCGAAUCGUCCUCAACAGACCAUGUCUCACUCGAAAGAAAAAGGACGGGAAGGGGGAGGUCAAAAACCCCUUCUCUCAUGCGAGAAAAAGUAUAGAGACAGCCUGCCUUGACUCGGCUCUGGCAAUGCUUUCUAUCUUCCCAGAAGAACCAGGGGCAGACUGGCUUCGAUCUGUACCUUGGUGGAAUGCUCUUCAUUUUCUGGUUCAAGCUACCACCAUAUUACUCAUAAAGGUUUCUUUGGAAAGCUCAUCACAAAAGCAGAAAGGCCCAAUGUCCACCGGUCAAUCGAGUAACGACCAAUCUCUGGACCGCUCUACAGUUCUCGAUUCGGCAGCGCUUCGUGCCGCAGCCAAUAAAGGGUUACUGUGGCUAUGUCACCUCGGUAAAAACGACGAUUCUGCGCGUCGGGCUUUUGAACUCUGCAACAGCUGCGUUCAUCGUAUAGAACCGAGGUGCUUCGUUGCAGAAGACACCGAGGGCGUAAGCAAUGCACUCACCGCGUCUCAUCUAGAAGUACCUACAGAUCAGAAACAUCAGCAACAUCGAAGCAGGCUCGACGUGUCGUACUCUCAAUUUGCUGGUAUGAGAGGCUUUGGCUACGACCACAAUCUCAGUGGCGCUACUAUACCCUUGGGUUUGGAGGAUACAGAAGAUAUUGGGUUUUUUGAACCCUCCGUUGGCACCUUAGGAGUGGAUAUCGACAUGUCCGACUACAUUCCUGACCUACAAAACGUGAACUUGGAUGAAGUUCUGCAAUCUCUCGCAUAA